AUGAGAAUACUCGCUUCGCGCCUGCACGGCCUGGUCCAAACGAGAGGCUUCGCGAGCUCUGCGCGUCGCCUCCACAAUUAUGGCUUCAUAGGCCUCGGACAGAUGGGCUACCAGAUGGCCAAGAACCUCCAGUCGAAGCUCGCGCCGUCCGACAAGCUGUCCAUCUUCGACAUCAACACCGCCGCCGCCGAGGCGCUCGAGGCCGAGAUGAAGGCCGUGCCGACCGGUGCGACCGUCGAGCUCGUGACGAGCGCCUCGGACGCCGCCUCGGACGCCGAUACCGUCCUCACCGUCCUCCCCGAGCCCCAGCACGUCGAGGCCGUCUUCCGCUCGAUCCUCGGCAAGGGCCUGCCCAAGCGAGAACGCAUCUUCAUCGACUGCUCGACCAUCGACCCAUCGACCUCGCGCAAGGUCGCCGGCCACGUCGCCGCCGCCGGCCAGGGCAUCUUUGUCGACGCGCCCAUGUCCGGCGGCGUCGUCGGCGCCACCGCCGGCACCCUCACCUUCAUGCUCGGCGCCGACGAGGGCGCGGUGCCACGGGUCGAGCCCGUGCUGCUGCGCAUGGGUCGCAAGGUCCUGCACUGCGGCGACCAGGGCGCCGGCCUGUCCGCCAAGCUCGCCAACAACUACUUGCUCGCGCUGAGCAACAUCGCCACCGCCGAGGCCAUGAACCUCGGCAUGCGCUGGGGGCUCGACCCCAAAACCCUCGCCGGCGUCAUCAACGUGAGCACCGGCCGCUGCUGGCCGAGCGAGGUCAACAACCCGGUCCCGGGCGUCGUAGCCACCGCGCCCGCCGGCCGCGACUACAGCGGCGGCUUCGGCAUCUCGCUCAUGAAAAAGGACCUGCGGUUGGCCAUGAUGGCCGCCAAGGAGGUGGGCGCCAACAUGGCGCUGGCCGACAAGGCCUUUGCCGUCUACGAGGAUGCCGAGAAGCGGGACGAAUGCAAGGCCCGCGACUUUUCUGUCGUCUAUCGGUAUUUGGGUGGAAAAGAGUCGUCGUAG